GUUGACUGUCGGUAUGCGAGUCAGGAAGCAGGUAACGACAACAUUGGACGACGAUAACUUGUUACCUUAAUGAGAAGAACGAUAUAUGCGGUAGCGUCUAAAUCGGUAGCAAUUAGAAAGUCCUAUCAUGGCCGGAAGUUGUGUUCGAGUUGAGCCUCCGGUUAUCGAGUUCAACGACGCGACUGUCGGGCAGGUCUACAGGAAGAUGGUCACGGUAACAAACGUUGGGAAACUGUCGAAGAAAAUACAGAUGGUCAAGCCAGCGUUAAAGUUGUUCAAGUUCACAGCAUCCAGCACAGCCACAGUGGUGGCUUCUGGUCUCUCUGUAAGCGGUUUGCUUGAGUUUACUCCAGAGGAAGAGCAGGAGGUCAGAGAUUGCCUUCUGAUUCACGUAGAUAAUGCAGAGACCAUCAACAUCCCUCUGCUGGGGUUCCCCAGGGCUUGUUCCUUCCUAAUGGGCUCAGUACUAGACUUUGGGUGCAUUGCAGCAAGCAGUCAGGUGAUCAGCAAACAUCACCAUGUAACCAAUCAGGGAUCAGCACCAGGCGCGUUUCAGGUGCAGUACAAUGGAGACUCCUCAGUUACGAUCUCACCCUGCAGUGGAGUCGUAGCAGCUGGUGCCACCCAAUGCCUGAAAGUGGAACUGCGGACAGACAGACCCAGGCAGAUUGAUGAGAAGGCACUGUUAAAACUCCAGAAUCACUCUGCUGUAGUUCUCAGUAUAAAGGCGGAGGUGGUGGACCAGUGUCUUGAGGUUUUUGACCUGCAGGGGGCUCCACUGUCCUGUCUGUGGUUUGGACCUGUAUACUUCGGGACAUCCCAUGUGGAGAAUGUGGUUCUGAGAAACAAUGCUCCCCAGGCAUGCGAAUGGGUUGGCUUUCUCCAGUAUACUGCUGCUGGGACCGAGGCGGGUGUAGAUCUUCAGAAGAGCACAGACUGUGCCCUGCUGGAGGGAAUGGAGAGGUGCAGCCCAGUCAACCAUGAUGUCUUGGUGUGCAUCCCCAAACAGGGUAAACUGGGACCGUAUGACAAAACCACUGUGGCAGUCUGCUUUAGCCCCAUGAGCAAGAGCACAAGUGACGAGAGGAAGCGUGACCACUCAACUAGACGGCAGGACUACUGUCUUUAUCUGCUGUUUGAGUCGGUGGGAAGCAGAUAUGGCUUCACUCAGCCUAAUGGUAACAUCAGUGUGGAGCUGGCAGUGACAGGCUCUGGACUGCCUGUGUCUCUGGUGCCUAGUCCCUCUCGGAAAUUCGAUUUCCUCACCUGUGUGACAGGCCAACGCGUAGACCUGUUGUGCGUGCUGCAGAACCUCUGCCCUCAACUUCCUGUCAAUUUCUGCUUCUGCAAAGUAGCACAUUUCACCACCAAGCCCUCCGCUGGCACAAUUGCCCCUGGGCAAAGCCAGGAUGUAGUUUUGUCGUUCACUGCGCGGCAGCAAGGGAGCUUCCAGGUGUGUCAGAAGCUAGAUGUCCUGGGUCAUGCUGUUCAGAGGGGUUGCAACCCCACUGAAGAUGUUACUCGACUGGAGCUUCGCCGCUUCGACACCAUCACUCUUAACCUGUCUGCUGUGUGCCGCAGUGAGACCAUACACUCCAUGGCUAAACUGAACCCUGGCAUCACUCCAGCAGUGACCAACACAACCAGAUCCAUGCCUCACGUUCGGUCCACUGAUUUGUCUCGCUGCCGCGUGAUGGCACCCGUUGCCGUCCUCGGCGCCAACCAAACACGGCUUCAUGAACAUCGCAGGCAGAAGAGUCCGAAGACGGAGGGCGAGGAGUUCUUGGCUUUUCCUAAUGACCGCGCCACGAGCAUCAGGCCUGCCUCACACAGACAGUAUAGGACCAUCUUCACGGGUGUACGCCGCUAUUGCUACGUGGACACCAGCUAUGCUUUCACUGAGGAAGAGGAGGAGCAGAGGCAGAGGCACCGACAGAUUUAUGCGGAUUUUAUCGAACAGCUCAGAAGAACUCGCCUGCAGAAGACCAAUGAGAGACAGCAGGACGACGUUGAGGACGACGUGGAUAUCGGGAUGGUUCCUUUUCAUGGGCUCGUUCCACCUAUGCUCAACAUUAGUGACCUGGAGAGCAGUAAGAUCUCAGAGACCAAUCCGAAUUACAGAUCUACUUCUCCAGCAGCCAAAUGUUGCUGCCCCAAAGACAUGACGUCCAUCAACCGGCAGGUUAACAGUCAGGUAAUGAGUGCAGUUCCCUGCACCAGCCAGGAGGCGGCAGACUGCAAGAGGACUCUGACAGCUCAUGAGCUCUACCAAGUUGUCAUAGCUCCAUUGUCGGUGGAUUUUGGCGAGGUGUGUGUGCAUUCAGUGUGUGUUCAGAAGCUGGAGCUGGUCAAUCAUCUGUCAGUGUUCGUCUGGGUGCAGCUGGAGGUAGAGUGCCCUGAGCUACAGGGCUCCUCACCGCUCUCCCACGUUCUGCCACCCCACUCCUUCAACACCCUGCCGCUGACAUUUCAGAGCAGCAAGCUGGGUCACUUCUACAGACUGCUAUCCUUCUCUGUGAACCAGCGACACCCUGGUCAGAUUCUGAUCCAGGCCCAGGUCGUCCCCUUGGCCCUGGAGCUGUCCACCGACCUGCUGGUGCUGCGCCCCAACCACAUGUGGCUUGCCCAAUCAGGAUACAGGAGCUUUGUUACCCUUCGGAACCAGCGUAAUCACACCGCAGAAUUUACAUGGAGGCCAUUAGUCACAGAGAGCGGCAUCCUUUUCUCCAUUCGACCAGCUACAGGUUCCGUGGAGCCAUACAGGGAAUUGGACUGCGAGAUAGUGUGGCAUCCCUCCUUCACCUCCCCUUCUGAAGGAGACUUUGACCUCUGUGUCCACAACGGCAACACACAACGCCUGCACUGUGUUGCUAAGGUUGGCUCCACCAGCGUCCAGCUGGCAGAGAAAAAGGUCACGUUUGGAUCAGUGCCUCUCAACAUGCCCUCUGUCAGAACUGCAGUCUUACACAACACUGGAAAGAACCACGCCUACUUUCAGGUUCUAGAUGUGUAUCCUCUGCCAGGCUUGGUGGUGAGUCCACCUGAGGGUGUGGUGCCGACUGGGGGUCAGGCCACUCUCAAGCUCCACUUCAGCCCCGACUGUGUCAUCAAGUUUGACACCAGAGUUGAGAUAGCUCUAAGGACCAUGAAAUCCAUGGAGCUCAGAGUGGGCGGAUCAGUGGAGUCUCCAAAUAUAGACAUCAGUGUGGCCCGUUUCCAGUUUCACGGGGUCCACGCCGGCUCUCGGCGAGCGAUACCGUUUGCUCUGACAAACCACUCAUCAGCCGCGGCCCAGGUUUUCUUCGGCCUGGCAGAAUACACAGACUUCUCUUUGCACCCCCCUCACCUGUUAGGAGCAGAGAAGGAGCCGGGCGCGAGUGUUGUGGAAGUCCGAGGAAACCAGACCGUGGACUGUUCCCUCGUCUUCUCCCCCACCCAAUUAGCCAGCUAUGACUUUGAGCUGCCACUGAAGGUCAACGGAGCGAGAUGGCCCACUGCUUCCCCGUCUCCUCCCUCCACUCAUUCCUCCUGCUCCACCUCCUCCCUGCUGUCGGCCGGCAGCAAGAAGCAUGUCAUCAAACUUCUUCCCCAGUCUGUCGCCAUGGCGACGUCAUGGCCUCAGUGUGUACAGGCCACAGUGCUGUGCCCCCCGCUGGAAAUGUCCCCCUCUAGCCUAGAGUUCCAUGUGGAACCAGAGCCACCACAGUCUGAUGCUUACAACAAGGUAGUGGAGCUGAAAGCGGUGUGUGAGCAGAGUGUGUUUUGGAGUAAGGGUGCCAGGAAACAUGUAAACUGGUGGUUUGACUGCAGAGGAAACGCAGUAACCGAGUACAAUAGAGAGGGAGCGCUUUGUGUGGUGUCUCCAUCAUCAGGCAGUCUGGUGCCUGGCCAGUCCAUCUAUCUGACGGUCAGCAUCAGCAAUGAGGCUAUCACAACGGGCUCUCGCAGAGUCACCAAACUGUCCCUUCCUCUUUACCUGGGAGACAAGGGAGGUCAGGGGAUGGGAGGAGAGAAGGAACAUGAACCUUACAGAGAGCUGUCCAUCACCAUUACCAUCCAGCCUCCCUGUAUCACCAUCCACCCCCCUCGAAUUUGCCUCACGCCAGUACCCCUGGAAGGCAUCGCAUCUGCCACAAUCACCCUGCUGGCUAUUGGAUAUCCUCAUGGAAGCACGGUAUCGGCUGAAGUGGACGAGGUGGAACUGGAGGAUGGGGCACAGAUACGGCCUGUUUCCAUCAUCUUCCCAGAGGGUAACAACAUCCCUGCCCAAAACCAGGGUCAGAGACAUCCAGUAGGCAUUCAGAACCAGGAGGCCAAUGGGACCUCUCUAGCUUGCAGCGUGUCCUUCUGCUCUGCCAUCCCUCUGUCCCUCUGCACAACCAUCAUCUUCACAGACCACCUCCACAACAAGUUUAAGGUUAAGUUGUGUGCUAUCGCUGACAACUGCGUUUUGACAGUCUGGCCCUACAUGGCCCUGCACCGCUCCGAGCAACAGAUUGUUCUUAAGACUGGGGCCACAGCUGUUGAGGCGAUUCUGCAGCGCCAUCACAUACCAAGUCCUGCCUCUGGUCCGACUUCAUCCUCCUCCUCAUUGUUUGAUCGCAACAGCUCAACAAUCAAGAACUCGGUAUCAGACUCAUUACCAGACAGUGACAGUGUGAGCGGUCAGGCCGGCUGCUCUCCUGACAGAGACACCCCGACCAAUCAUGGAGCCCCCGAAUUCCCCGCAGCCAACUCCGAGGAAGGACUAUAUUACCAGAAUGUAUUAACGGCUGUGGAGAGGUGGUUUAGCCACUUUGGGUGGCCGAGUGGACCACACCCCAUUUCUGUGCCGCACACGCUUAGAAGAAUUGAAUCAAAAAUUCUAACGAAUUCUUCCAGUGCACGGACUUAUCGAGUCAUUCAAAGUAAAGACUCCAGGUCUGUAGUGGACAUGCUUCGCCACCUGACCGGCAAACAGAUUCCUGGUAUUCCUCAGAGUCAGGCAUUUUCCACUGAUAUAGACCAGCGCACAGAUCAGCUGCUCCAGCAGCAUGAAGCUAUGCUGGCUUUUCUCAGGGUGCAGGGAGCCUGCCUUUGUCAAAUCCGACCAGAGUACUUGCUGGACAUGCAGGAGUUUAAACACUGGUGCUCCCUCUUGCAGUCAAAUGAGGAAGAACAUGGUCUGGACUACAGCAGUGUUGACUAUGAAUCUCUGAGCAAGCGAUCCUGGACUGAUGUCCUGCUGCAAAUCUACAAGGUGCUGGUGUUAAGCCGCGUGUCAGAGAGUGGUUUGAACAACGCAACUCUGAAAAGCGGCGUCGUGGAUGGAGUCCCCUCUGUGGGCUCACAGCCACAGGCCAGUAACGUCUAUUCAUCCUGCGAGCUCCGGUUGCUCUUAUGGCUCAACGUGCAUUACCAGAGCAUGAGGAAGACGGUGUGGGGAACAGGCAGUGUCCCAUCAGCACGCUGGAUAGUGAAUUUUGACCUGGACUUGACAGAUGGACUGGUGCUCGCUGCUCUGCUUGCUGCCUACUGCCCUUACCUGAUCUGCAGCCACUUCCAGAGGAUGUACUCCACAACCGGCAGCCUGGAACAGAUCCUCCACAACAACAUUAUAGUGGCCCAGGCCUUAACUGUACUUUGUCUCAAUCUAGACUUACAGCCCACAGACUUGUCGGACCCCAAUCCGGUGCAGAUGGUAAUUCUGUGCGUUCACCUGUAUGAGCGGCUACCGCAGUACCUGCCACUGCGCACAGUCACUCUCUCAGGAGGUCUGCACAGCACAUUUAGCAAACAGGUGCGUCUGAAGAGCCCGUCCUCUAAGCCAAUCAAAUACCAGGUUCUUCUUUUAGGAGAGGAUGCCCAUCUCUUCUCCCUCCCCGGUGGAUCGAUUGUCACUAUUCCUCCAAAGGCAAGCGUCGAAAUCACGGUCCAGUUCCGCUGCUCCUUCAUGCAGCCCGUGGAGGCGACCCUCCUGCUCACCCCUGGCUUUCCCUUCGGCCUGUGCGGCACCACUCUCGCUUUCACGCUGAAGACCCACGUCGGUCACAUCACAACCACGAAUGUCGUCACGUGCAAGUCUCCAUGCUACCAGCCGAAAGUGAUCCAAGUGCCCAUAACCAACACCUUCAACACAGAAGCUACGUUCAGGGUAGUGCUGGUGGAGUCUCCGUUCAACCCACUGGAACCCCAAAAGAAAGGGGGCGGCCUCGUUCAACAGACCUCCUCUGAAGCCAAUAUGAAGGAGAUGACUUCAGACAAGAGCUGCGGGGAGGAGCUGGAUAUCAAUGGUGAAGACACCGAGUUCUUGAGUGCAGUGAGGAGUGUUUGUCUCAAGUCAGGCCAAGAAGACACUCUCAGCAUCCACUACCUGCCCUUCUGCCCCGGCACCAAGUACUGCUCGGUGCUGCUAGUUUGCCCGCAGGUGGUGGAUAUGGUCUAUAUGGUGAAGGCCACAGCAGAGUUGCCUCUUCCUUCCCCUUUCACUGCCAGGCCCAGUUCCAACAUAGUCUCUAUCCCCUGCAACUCUGCAAUAGACCCAGCUGUGUGUGUGACAGUAUUAAGACUUCAAUGCAAGGUGGGCCAGGUGUGUGAAGAGAUGGUGCGUGUGCCGCUGAUCAAUAUGGCCUGGGAGCAAGCGCUGGCCUUCUGGGGUCAGCAUAGCAUGAGCGCCGAUGAACACAGGAGGCGCAUGCUGACGCACACUUUGCACAGCAGCACCGUGAGGGCAGCUGCGGCUGUACGCAAGCUUGUCAAACAUCAGACCCAGCUGUUAAGAGAGGUUCAUCACCGUAAAGGAGUAGAAUACAGCGUGGAGGUUUCUUUGCCACAAUACUUUGCUUUACCAAACAAGGUUACAAUACCUACAAAGGAAGACACCAACAUACCAUGGGAGAAUCCUGCAGAUUGUGGGUGUGUGGACAUCCCAAUACGGUUCCAGGCGCAGUCCGUAGGGCAAUUCAUAUGUCGGGUGGUCCUGAGGUCCUUGUGUGACACUAGAGUCUACGUGCUAGAGGCUCUGGUCACUUCACAGGUCCAGCGCGAGUGGCAGUUGGCGAGGACAGCAGGGGCAGAGACGGCCGAUGUGUUUCUAUGAAAACAAAAGACAGUACAAUAAGUUAUUCUGACUUGCGGAAGGGAAAACCUCAUAAAAAUAAAUAUGAUUGAAAUUCAGUUCCUACUAACUAAUGCUGAAGUCUCGUCCAUUACUUUGUCUGUCUGUUUGAUGGUUACCUAGA